GGCAAAUACCAGCAGCAGUCCCUGGGUCCCAUUCAACAGUCCACCAUCCUCGUUGUGGAUCCCGUCAAAGGCAACGUACUCAAGGCCUCCGGAAGAAACAUGUAAGAAGCGAUAAUGGCCACUUUAGUUACCACCGCUGUGCAAACGAGGGCAAUUAGGCGUUUUGAGACAUAAUAGUGGCCUUACGUAAUGAACACACAGGUUACGUCCCAAAUUACACCUUACUCCCUAUAUAGUGCACUACAUAGGGAAGAAGGUGUCAUUUGGGACGUAACCUCAGUCCGACUCCUAGGAAGUGAUGUUGUUGUCUUAAGGAGUGUUUUCUCCGUGUGCUCGGCAGGUUUUACUUGCCUCAUGGAAUCACCACGGACAAGGACAAUAACUACUGGGUCACGGACGUGGCUCUUCAUCAGGUGAGAACCACAGUGUUCACAUCCUCACUGGCCUUCAUCACGUAAGAACCAUCCUCACUGGCCCAUGGUCUUCAUCACGUAAGAACCAUCCUCACUGGCCCAUGGUCUUCAUCACGUAAGAACCAUCCUCACUGGCCCAUGGUCUUCAUCACGUAAGAACCAUCCUCACUGGCCCAUGGUCUUCAUCACGUAAGAACCAUCCUCACUGGCCCAUGGUCUUCAUCACGUAGAGCUCUUCUUAAUGGAGAUAGAUGGAAGUAGAUGGAACGCUUGGAUGAGCAUAACCUCUAGAUUCUAGAAAAGUGGGUCAUGUUGAGUGUGCUUGAGCUUUCCAUUACCAUUUCUUAUAAAAAAAAUAGUACAAAACUCAACAAAUGUUAACCUUGGUUAUAUGCGUUUGGCGCGAAAGUAUCAUACUUCUCAUGUGUCUGAUUGAGCCAGAAAAUGCUACCAUAUGCUAUGAAAGGGGCUUAUUUGUCAUGUACCAAGACCCACUAGAGACAAAACAAUGAGUUGUACAGUUUUCCAUUUGGCUUUAGUGAUUAUAAGGCCAGGGAGUUUUCCCGAGAACAUGACCUAACCAGGAAACACUCUGGACCCUAUAUAAUAAGUCAACAUACUUCCGUACCCAAAUGGCACCCUGUUCCCAAGUGCACUACUUUUGAGCAGUGCCCUAUAGGAAUAGGGUGCCAUUUGGGACGUAACCUUUGACUUUCGUAGUGUACAACAUAAGCUGUCCCUCCACCUAGGUGUUCAAACUGAGCAGCGAUGGCCGGGACAAGCCCCUGGUGGUGCUGGGAGAGGCCUUUGAACCAGGAAGUGACAAAGAGCACUUCUGCAAGCCCACCGAUGUGGCGGUGGACCCCGUGACCGGGAACGUGUACGUGUCGGACGGAUACUGCAAUGCCAGGAUACUCAAGUUCUCACCCGAGGGAAAAUACCUGUCACACUGGGGAGCAGGUUUGUAGUACAUGCGCGUGUUCGCACUCAUGCACUCACCACACACACACACACACACACACAUUCAGACACAGACAUGCACACGCACGCAUGAACACACACACAAUUGGAGAUUUAUUGGCAGUUUGUUUGAAGCGAAGGCCAUUUCAGGCUCAGCUUGACAAAAUGUAUUUGAAUCUGUAUUGAUUUACCUGUAAUAUCAUGCCAAUAUUUUCUGCUGAUGUGGCUGCUGUGCAGUCCUCUUCAUUACCCCUGGUGCAAUACAUCACAACGGAGCCUUUACAGUAAAUCAUUCAAUAGGCCUUAGAGGACCUGCAGUGGUAGAAGACCUCUACACCUCUAACUAGUGGGAGCACAGGUUACAUAGAGGAUCUGGAGUGCCUAGUGAAAUAUCAAAUACACUUCUAUCCACACACUCCCAUCUUAUUCUCCCAUUUCUCCUUCCAAAUAUUCAAACACAAUUGUGCCAAAAGAAACUGGGUAUAUAUUCAUGUGUGUAGUGAAUAUAUUAAGAUGGGGGGGGGGGGGGGGUUCUGCUGGGUCACGGAUUCCGUGGUUAGGAACAUUGUUUUGCACAUCUUGUUGGUCCCAAGAACAUUCACCAUGUUCUAAGUAGGUAACACCAGCAUAGAGAUAGAUAGAUAGAAGACUCGUCUUUGUAUUUGUGCCAUAAUGGUGUCUGCGACAGCAUGGGCAGCAGGUUAUAAAACUGGUUAUAUCUAUCUAGAGUCCUCUAUCUAUCUCUAUGGUAACAUCACCAAAGGUCUGGGCCCCAAUGUUCUAAGACAAAAUGAAUCUAAGUGAUUCACUCCCUGGGCCGUGGUCAAAGACAGUUUGUUCCACAGUUGGUCUUUGAAAUGUUCUGGGUCAUGUUCACUAGGCAUGAAACUCAAGAAAACUGUCUGAAACGGGAAGGUACUAACUGAAGUUGGACGAUAAGAAGCGGUUGUUUGCAUUUUUCCAUUUAAACACCGUUUUGCUACGGUUUGCCCUAAUGAACACGACCCUGUUCUUCCCCCUCAGGAUCGUCAGACAGAAGGAGAAGGGUCCAGUUCCGAAUCCCCCACAGCCUGGUGUUCCUGCCUGACAGGCGGGAGCUGUGCGUGGCCGACAGGGAGAAUGGACGCAUCCAGUGCUUUGUCGCUGAAUCCGGGGAAUUCGUCAAGGAGAUCAAGAAGCAGGAGUUUGGAGGGGAAGUGUUUGCCAUCUCCUACGCACCUGUGCAUGGUGAGUCCGGUGUGGGUUUAGAAAUAGAAUAGAACACCUAUUAUCUCUAUGGUUACACUAAAUCUAUGUGUUAUAUCUCUAUGGCAGGGAUGGGCAACUGGAACCCCCCCCCCCCCCUUUUGAAGGCUGUUUCCACAAAAAUAUACAAUAAAACAUAUAUAUAUUUUGGGAGGGGGAACUCAGUCGGGGUCUCAACUGACUGAACACACAAGGUGCAAUUUCAACAUUUGCGUGUGCAUCAGCAAUUUUUCUCUUGUUAUGUCAGUCACCUGAUAGUCAUGGCAAAAUGUGUACAAUUGCAGCAAACUUGCUUUAAAACGGAAACAUUUUCUCUACACUUUUUUUCUGUGGCCCCCACCCCCCAUCAAGUUGCCCAUUCCUGCUCUUUGGUUAUGGGUGUAGAAUAGCACACCAAAUCUAUGUGUUAUAUCUCUAUGGUUACGGGUGUAGGAUAGCACACCAAAUCUAUGUGUUAUAUCUCCAUGGUUAUGGCUACAUCCUAUUCACAGGGAAUUAUUGAAACCAUACAGUCUGUUUUAUUAGAGGAAAAUUAGACACCAACAUCUUAGAGAAAUGAAACACCCACAUCCCCAUAAUAAACAUCCCCAUAAUAAACCCACUUCAUUUCAUCAGCACACAAUAAGGUAUUUCCUAGAGCCAGAUAAUUACACCAGUGUUCUUUGACACAAACGCUUUUGUGAUGCCGACUUUCAUGCUGCCUCAUAUACAUGCAAGUCUUCAAAGGGGAAAAUAUUUAUGUGCCUCUUCCCUUAACCCUUGUGUGUGUCUGUGCGCACCUUAUGCAAAUGUGUGUGUAUCCAGGUGGUCUGAUCUACGCGGUGAAUGGGGAAUCUGCAUACGGGCGCUCUGCCCCUCUCAAAGGCUUUGUGAUCAAUUAUUCAACAAAGGAGAUCCUGGAUGACUUCAGCCCAGAAAACGCACAGGUUGGUUACGGAUUGGAGGGAGGGCUCUGCUGCAAAAGCAACUGUUUUUCUACAAACCAGAGCAGCAAUAAAUAACAGCAUUGAACAUCCUUCUGAUUCAAUCACUGUGUGCCAUUAAUAGGGAAAUAAAUAAAGAGUUGUCUCUCUGGUCUAAUGAUUUCUCGAUUUGGGCUUUUCAUAACAAAGAUGCUAUACAUUUAGUUGCUUGUGGAGUAGCUGCUAAACAGCUAGUGUAUUUCAGUGUACAUUUACAUUUAAUCAUUUAGCAGACGAUCUUAUCCAGAGCGACUUACAGUAGUGAGUGCAUACAUAUUCAUACUUUUUCGUACUGGUCCCCCGUGGGAAUCGAACGAGCGCCAUCUUUUACCAGCUGAGCCACACAGGACCAGUUGUAGUGAUAUCUCUAAACAGGCUUGUACAGUACGUCUUCACUACCUCCAGGAUAACGACCCUGGACAAAUACAAUCAAGCUUAAAGCCGCAAUAUGUAACUUUUUUGGGCGACCUGACCAAAUUCACAUAGAAAUGUAAGUUAUAGAUCUGUCAUUCUCAUUGAAAGCACGUCUAAGACGCGGUAGAUAUGUUCUAUGUGCGCUAUUUCUAUGUUUCCUGUUCUUAUACGUCGUUUGUGUCUUUUUACUUUUGGUUUUGUACACCAGAGAAGAUGUUUCACAGCGGUUUAGAUGCUACAGUGAUUCUCUACACUAUGCAUUGCUUGUCUCAUCACAAACUGAAAUUAGGCGAACUAUUAGAAUGUUAGCAACCAGGAAAUGGUGGAGCAUAUUGCACCUUUUAACUUGGAUCAACAAGGACAGUUAUGGCCUUAUGUUGAUGGGGAUAACCUGCUUGACUGAGGAGGCUCUCCGGACACAAACCACAGUUGGAGCUCUGUACCAAGCAAUCACCUUAAUUACUAUUUAUGUUGCCUCAAUCACUAUCAGGCACUUCACACACCAGUCAUAGAUUGGAAUGAUCUGAAAUCUUAUCUGGCUAUUUGAGCCCUGGAGCAAGCAAAUAAAAUAGUUAUUGAUCUCUAUUGACGGUACGUGAUGUGUCUAAUACAGUAAAUACAACAGCUGUUUUUUUUUGUUGUUGCUAGAACUCAAACGAGAUUCUGCCUACAAACAAUUUCUACAUGUGAUAGUAGGGAUCAGACUUAAAGGGAUAGUUCAUCCAAAUUGCAAAAUUGCAUAUUUGUUUCCUGUAAGCAGUCUAUGGAGAAGGUUAGACAGCAAUCCAUGCUUUGGUUUUGUCCAUUGACUGCUUACAGGGUAAGUAAACCAAUGUGAAUGUUGGGUGUGAAUUGGGUGAACUUUCCCUUUAAAAGCUAUGGUCUUACAUUGACUCCACUGAUUGUGAGAUGGAUCUUAAUUUCACUACAGGCUCCUCUCUGACUACUUGAGCCACUUAAAGUGAUUGUAUCCUCUUCUUCCAGGAGAGUGAAUCAUUCUUCCCAUCCCUGUCUGGCCAGCCCAGAUGCAUGACUACCUGAUUUAGUGCCUCUGAGCUAAUCAGAUGCCAGCAGGGAAUUUCAUUAAAACGGCAAUAAAAUAAAGAUCUGCAUGCCGUAUCGCUUGGGGUUGGUUUCUGUUUGCCAGGUUGAGUGGGGUUUGCCAACUACCAUCCGUUUUGUCUUUGUCGUCUAUCUUGGAUUGUAAACUAUGUGGACGGGUACAGGCCUAUUGGUUUAUUAACUGGAAACCUUGAUUUAUCUCGGUUUAGAUUGAACCUUGAUUUCUCGAUUUAGAUUGAACCUUGAUUUAUCUCGAUUUAGAUUGAACCUUGAUUUAUCUCGAUUUAGAUUGACUGUUACUUUAUCAGUGAAUCUAUGCAUAUGACUUGAAGAGUCACGAUAUGUGUUUACAUUUGGAUUACUUGAAGUUUCAUCUCAUAGACUCAAGACAUAACGAGUAUUUAAGUCUUUCAUAACCUAGACUGUGUUAAUGUGAUUGUUUUUGAACAGCUAGACUAACUACAGUGCGUCUUCCCUAUGUUUUCAGGAGUUUGGAAUGCCCCACGACAUUGUUGUAACCAAAGAUGGGCAUGUCUUUGUGGGAGAUGCAGCCACAGACUCCGUGCUAAAGUUCUCCUCUGACAGUAAGUAAACUUUAACCAAAGUAUUUUAAUUUGAUAUUUUUAUUCCAGAUUAUCCAGGAUGUCUCAUUAAGAAAGUUUAAUUAGAUUAACCUUUCAACUAUGAAAUUAAACCUCUUAGAUGUUAAGAACCCCAUAUGGGGCACUUUGAGCGGUUCUGGACCUGUUCCGAAUGACAUUUUGGUGUUCAAAGCGCUCUGUGAACGCCAUAGGGUCCGUGCCUUAUAGUGCCAGAAAGCUCCAUCUGUCUGCUCUCCGCUUCCACUCUCCCAGCUGAGCUGACUUGAAGUGUCAGGUUUCAGGCCCUAAAUUUGCAUAGGGAAUGACGUGUCACAUUUUCUGGCCUAUCCAGACAAAUAAUUUAUUUUGUCUGGAUAGGCCAGAAAUCCCCAUCAACAUGGCUCACUCGCUUCUUCUGAGCGAGUGAGCCAAGCCUGGGAGACAGCAGAUGAACGGUGACAGUCUAACGAGUCCAGACGUUGUGGUGUCAUCUCACUGUGAUAUUCUCAGCAGGUUUUUAUAGGUCUCAACAUGAAAAAAUACUAAAUCAUUUCCUAGAAUUAGACCACUUUCUCUUGGUCGCAGAUGGACGAAAUCACUUUGUGCUUAAAGCAGAGUCUGCACACAUUUGAAUGGUGUUUCUGCGGCGCUCAAUGGGACGUUUAGGAGAAAAUUAUUUGAUGUGCCAAUAUUGUAGUCGCCAAGUAUGAUCAUAUUUAUUUUACGGUUAUAAGAAAUGUGAAAUCUUAUAGCAAGUUGUUUAUGAUUUUGAUUGUUACAAUAUUUAGAAAACAUUUCAGUCAUUUCAAGCCCUAUUGCCCCACUUUUAUUUAAUUGGGGAAAAAAAUAUGAUUUUUCAUAUUUUCAUAAUAUUUGUACAACGUACUUGAGCUUGUGCCCUCAAAUGUGAAUACACCUCAGUAAUUUAUAACUAUUUUUACCAGAAAGGGGCGUUUCAGACCUUUCUAAAACUAUGCCACAUUACCAGUUAUUGUUUAUGGCCAUCUCAUGAAAAAUAAUUACGUUUAGGUAUAUCUAUUUAGGUAUAAAUCUAAAUGUUGCCCUAUCAUUCAAAUGUUAUUAAGGGAUUCAAGGCAUUAAUUAGUGGACUAUUAGUGACAUUAAAAAUAGUUAUAUCCAAUUUGACUCAUCAGACUACUUAUGGAGCUACAAAUUAGUAUCUUAUUUAUGAAACGUAAAAUACACUGAGUAUACCAAACAUUAGGAAUACCUUCCUAAUAUUGAGUUGCACCCCACUUUUGACCCUCAGAACAGCCUCAAUAAGUCGGGGCAAGGUGUCGAAAGCAUUCUACAGGGAAGCUGGCCCAUGUUGACUCCAAUACUUCCCACAGUUGUGCCAAGUUAGCUGGAUGUCCUUUGGGUGGUGGAGCAUUCUUGAUACAUAUGGGAAACUGUUGAGUGUGGAAAACCCAGCAGCGUUGCAGUUCUUGACACAAACCGGUGCGCCUGGCACCUACUACUAUUAUUACAAAAUAAUCACGGUUUUCGAUUUCGGUUUCGAUCAUAAAAAAAAAAAAAACAUUAAAUGCGCUAUGCAUUAUGUGGGUUGAAUGCUGUAACAACACAGAAUAAAACAAUUAAUAAAAGUCCCAUGAUGGUAGUGACUGCCCAUUACUGCUUAUCACUUAUUAACCAUCAUUUAUUAAAUAUUUAAGUUGUUGUGUAUAUUACAUUUGUUUGAUUUAUUAUUUUAUUCCAAGUCAUCAUCUCAUCUCUAUAGAGCUGCUGCCUAUGCUGUCUGACUAAAUCACUAUUUUAGUAGUUCUUUAAAGUAAAUAAGGCAUACUUCUGUGACCAACUAUCAAUCACUUAGAUCAUGUAUUUUCAGGUAGACAUACCUCGCGAAGCAACAGCUGCUCAAUAUAUCACCUCACGACCUUCUAGGCAGAGUUGCAGAGAAAAAGCCAUAUCUCAGACUGCCCAUCUUAAUCUUCUCUUUUUAUUGGCCAGUCUGAGAUAUGGCUUUUUCUUUGCAACUCUGCCUAGAAGGUCAGCAUCCCGGAGUCACCUCUUCACUGUUGACGUUGAGACUGGUGUUUUGCGGGUACUAUUUAAUGAAGCUGCCAGUUGAGGACCUGUGAGGCGUCUGUUUCUCAGUUGUGCACCGGGGCCUCCCACUCCUCUUUCUAUUCUGGUUAGAGCCAGUUUGCGCUGUUCUGUGAAGGGAGUAGUACACAGCGUUCUACGAGAUCUUCAGUUUCUUGGCAAUUUCUUGCAUGGAAUAGCCUUCAUUUCUCAGAACAAGAAUAGACUGACGAGUUUCAGAAGAAAGUUAUUUGUUUCUGGCCAUUUUGAUCCUGUAAUUGAACACACAAUUGCUGAUGCUCCCGAUACUCAACUAGUCUCACGAAGGCCAGUUUUAUUGCUUCUUUAAUCAGCACAACAGUUUUCAGCUGUGCUAACAUAAUUGCAAAAGUGUUUUCUAAUGAUCAAUUAGCCUUUUAAAAUUAUAAACUUGGAUUAGUAAACACAACGUGCCAUUGGAACACAGGACUGAUGGUUGCUGAUAAUGGGCCUCUGUACACUUAUGUAGAUAUUCCGUUAAAAAUCAGCCGUUUCCAGCUACAAUAGCCAUUUACAACAUUAACAAUGUCUACACUGUAUUUCUGAUCAAUUUGAUGUUAUUUUAAUGGACAAAAAAAUUGCUUUUCUUUCAAAAACAAGGACAUUCCUAAGUGACCCCAAACUUUUGAACGGUAGCGGAUGUAGAAUAUUGGCCUGUUGCAAACUACGACUCCCUACCACAUCGCACUGUUUGGGUUUGAUCGGAUUGAUCUCUACAGAAACUGAGCAUCGAGUUCACCGAAGAAAAAAAAGUUUUUUUUUCAAAAUGGAAUUCAAAAAAUUGCUCAGCACUGACAAGUGAAAUCAAUAAGGGAUCAUGGCUUUCAUCUGGUCAGUCUAUGUCAUGGAAAGAGCAGGUGUUCUUUAAUGUUUUGUAUACUCAGUGUAGUGUUACCACAUCAAUUGAUAAACCAUACAUUUUCUAUUGACAAAAUUGGAAAUGUUUUUUGAUAUUAUUGCAUUGUGUCAAUACAGUUCAGAAAUAUUUCUAAUUGCCAAAAAUGUUUUUACUGAAGAAUGUGUUUGUUUCAUUGUGUUUUGCUUUUCAUAUUUUGUUUGCUUUUCAUGUAUAGUGUAAUUGAUGUGUAUAUAGAUAGGCUAUGUAUAGUGUAAUUGUUGUUUAUUGAUGUGUUCAUGCAGGGCUCAUCUGCAAAAGAGACUGUGGUCUCCCUGCUUAAAUAAAGGUUAAAUAAAAUUAACAUCUGUCAUAUCAAAAUGGAUCCCUCUUUCACACAUUGCUACAGAGUGCUUUUUUAAUAGAAAUUAUAUGAAUUCUGUAAUGUUGGCGCUAACCUCACAGAGCCAUGUUUUUAUGUACUUGAAAGAACAUUCUACAGCAUGUGGCGAAUCAGUGAGUGAUCUGUGACAACUUCAAAAUGAUAGGCCAACGCUCUAGGCCACUGCAUCGCCAUCUUAUGUAAUGUUUCUGAUGUAAGGGGACUAUGAAUUGCCUGAUGUCAUUCAAAAAAUGCCUUUGGAACACCAAUUCAAACAGAGUAAAUGCACGGUUAAUCCCCUUGAAUGUAGGUGACUCACCGAUUCAGUUCUCUAUUGACAACACAGUAUGCCUAGAACGAUUAGACGUUUUGUACAUUUAAAUGCAAAUGGAAUAGAAAGUGAAAAGCAAUUGCAAUCAAAUUGAAAGCAUUGCAUUUCACACAUUCCUAAUGAGAAGCUCUUGAUUUUGUGCCAGCAAAACAUUGGGUUUGUUGAAAAGGUCAGCACCUUGAACUGUGUCGAGGCAGAGUGUUCAUAAUCUUAUGUAAUCGACACCAUUGCAGUGCAUUGGUGCAAUGUGAGCCUUUAUGAGAUAGACUUGCAAUCAUUGUAAUGAAACCGCUAAAUACACCAUGAUGAUGAUGAGUAAACACAACUGUACAAUCUGUCUGUCUGGAUGUAUCUUUAUUUAGUAGCAACUGAAUCACGAUUCCAGUCAAUGAAUCACUCAGUCACAUCAGUCCUUGACACCACUGUCUCUCACUUUCUCCAGAAGCUGAACAUCGCUCUGUUAAGAAAGGCGGAAUUGAAGUACAAGAAAUUGAAGGUAGGCUAAUCUUUCUCUUCAGUCUUAUUGCAAGCUGGACAUUUUAGUAGUUUGAGGUCCACUUUCACUUUACUUAAACUCUAGGGAUUUUUGAUUGACUUUAAAUGUUUUACAUUGUGAGUGGAUAUUUGCUUCACAAUAGUGAUUGGUGUGGCUUCAAGUCAAAUUGUCUAUACUGUGCAUUGUUUGAACACCCGCUCUAGUCUGUGUGAGAACCUAUUGCAAGUUGAUUGCAGAGCUAAAGGCUGACAUUCUCCGGAGACUUCUGUUAUUUUCUACUGAAAGAUUGCAGUGCCUAAUUUCAUUUGAGGAAAUGGAGCAGUGUGUAGACUUUGGAUGUUUGAAACUUGAUAUAUAGGCUAUAAACCUUUCUGAAAGAAGCUUGAGCAUUCUGUGGUAAAAAUUAGCGCAAUAAGUGCUUGGAAUUUGGAGUAUGUGUGAAAAGUCUAUUAUAUCGAAGUUGUCAAUCAGAAAGAUAUACAACAUCUGCAUUUCCCCCUCUCAGAAGGCAGUAAUUUAAAAUAUGUUUGACUUAAUAAUAACGUGCACCCAUUGAUUCUUGAAGAACAACAUGAAUGCAUCAUGAGCUUAGUUCAACUGUCGUACCCCAUCAGAAUCCAAAAUAUACCAUGUUUUUUAACAAAAUGUUUUGUAAACAUUGUAAUUGUAAACAAACCCUGUAUAGCCUCUAAACUUGUUUAAAACUGUACUUUUUCAUGGAUGGUAAGUCCUUGCAUCCAUCGCUCGGUCUAUACAUUUCAGAGUGGUUGAAUUUCUCCGGUUGGGUGACCACUUUGUUAUUGUUUCCAGUAAAUCUCAUGAUUUAAAAAAUAUGACUUAUCCUAAUGUCAUUCCAUGAGCACUACAGGUAUGUAAUACAAAACCAGGAGGAAUUUGCAUGUGAAAAUGUCAUGGAACAAAAUGCAUUAGCUCACUGUUUUGUGUUUACGCUUUUGUUAGCGAUUUACUCUUUGCAUUUACAGAAAGAUUGUGGUUUUAUUAAAACAAUCUAUAGUGAGUCAUCUUUGUAAUUUUCUGUAACUACCUUUUGUUCACCUGUGAAUGGACACUCACCACUUCCAUUCAAACCCACUUCUCUCUUAGAAACAGAGACGAUAAUCCAAACUCGCCUGAAGCCCCAGCACGAGAUAGAGGUAGCGUUGGCCAAGGUGCAGACACCCGUAGCAACUCAACAGAAGACUGCAGAGCCCGUCCAGGAACAGCCCCAAAAACCGCAACAACAACAAGAGGAAGAAGACGAUAAGGAGAAGACCCUAGCCAAACAGAGUGCUCAGGGCGUGUCUCCGGCGGUUAUCACCACCCUGCUGCUCAUCCCCUUAGUGGUGGUCAUCUCCAUAGGGGUCUUGAUUCGCUACAGGAAGACCAGGCUGUAUGGAGGUACGGUAUUUGACGCAACAUGGCUGCAGCCAUGGAAAUAGAAUCCAUAGAAAGGGCUUGGAACCGCUAAGCCUUGCAAUUUGACUGGUAAACUCGUUAUGCCGUCAUUGACUUGAAUGGGGAGGCCCAUUCUAUGGAUUCUGUUUCUAUACCAGCAGCGUUGAUAGUAGGGAGAGACACUGGGCGCUGCUGCCUAGAGCAUAGUGGGAUAAAACAGAAUUUCUAAACCUUUUUUAUGAUGGACAUUUUUAUAGAUUUUUUUUUUACACACAAAAAUGAACAGUAACAAACAGAACAGACACAACAAACAUAGAGAAUUUCAAAUCCUGUGAAAUGCUCUAAUUGAGUGCCUCAACCAACCUCCAUCUUGUAUUGAAGAUAUUCAGCGUGUCUUUCAUCAUUGUUUCAGAUGGAUGCGAGGUAAAACUGGAACAGACCUCGUCCGGAGGAAUCUUGGGAAAACUCAGAGGUAUGUGUCUGUGAGAUACUCUUAUUGAUGUAUCCUGUGGUGAGAUUAAAAACUCAAGGUCAUCCACCAUGCAGUAGUAGUCUUCCACCAUGAGACUUCCACCAUGCAGUAGUAGUCUUCCACCAUGAGACUUCCACCAUGCAGUAGUAGUCUUCCACCAUGCAGUAGUAAUCUUCCACCAUGAGACUUCCACCAUGCAGUAGUAGUCUUCCACCAUGCAGUAGUAGUCUUCCACCAUGCAGUAGUAGUCUUCCACCAUGCAGUAGUAGUCUUCCACCAUGCAGUAGUAGUCUUCCACCAUGCAGUAGUAGUCUUCCACCAUGCAGUAGUAGUCUUCCACCAUGAGACUUCCACCAUGCAGUAGUAGUCUUCCACCAUGAGACUUCCACCAUGCAGUAGUAGUCUUCCACCAUGAGACUUCCACCAUGCAGUAGUAGUCUUCCACCAUGCAGUAGUAGUCUUCCACCAUGCAGUAGUAGUCUUCCACCAUGCAGUAGUAGUCUUCCACCAUGCAGUAGUAAUCUUCCACCAUGCAGUAGUAGUCUUCCACCAUGCAGUAGUAAUCUUCCACCAUGCAGUAGUAGUCUUCCACCAUGCAGUAGUAGUCUUCCACCAUGAGACUUCCACCAUGCAGUAGUAGUCUUCCACCAUGCAGUAGUAGUCUUCCACCAUGCAGUAGUAAUCUUCCACCAUGCAGUAGUAGUCUUCCACCAUGCAGUAGUAGUCUUCCACCAUGCAGUAGUAGUCUUCCACCAUGAGACUUCCACCAUGCAGUAGUAGUCUUCCACCAUGCAGUAGUAGUCUUCCACCAUGCAGUAGUAGUCUUCCACCAUGCAGUAGUAGUCUUCCACCAUGCAGUAGUAGUCUUCCACCAUGAGACUUCCACCAUGCAGUAGUAGUCUUCCACCAUGAGACUUCCACCAUGCAGUAGUAGUCUUCCACCAUGCAGUGCAGUAGUAGUCUUCCACCAUGCAGUAGUAGUCUUCCACCAUGCAGUAGUAGUCUUCCACCAUGAGACUUCCACCAUGCAGUAGUAGCUUCCACCAUGCAGUAGUAGUCUUCCACCAUGCAGUAGUAGUCUUCCACCAUGCAGUAGUAGUCUUCCACCAUGAGUCUUCCACCAUGCAGUAGUAGUCUUCCACCAUGCAGUAGUAGUCUUCCACCAUGCAGUAGUAGUCUUCCACCAUGAGUCUUCCACCAUGCAGUAGUAGUCUUCCACCAUGAGACUUCCACCAUGCAGUAGUAGUCUUCCACCAUGCAGUAGUAAUCUUCCACCAUGCAGUAGUACAGUGAGGGAAAAAAGUAUUUGAUCCCCUGCUGAUUUUGUACGUUUGCCCACUGACAAAGAAAUGAUCAGUCUAUAAUUUUAAAGGUAGGUUUAUUUGAACAAUGAGAGACAGAAUAACAACAACAAAAAUCCAGAAAAACGCAUGUCAAAAAUCUUAUAAAUUGAUUUGCAUUUUAAGGAGGGAAAUAAGUAUUUGACCCCUCUCAAUCAGAAAGAUUUCUGGCUCCCAGGUGUCUUUUAUACAGAUAACGAGCUGAGAUUAGGAGCACACUCUUAAAGGGAGUGCUCCUAAUCUCAGCUUGUUACCUGUAUAAAAAGACACCUGUCCACAGAAGCAAUCAAUCAAUCAGAUUCCAAUGUGUUAUAAAUUGAUUUGCAUUUUAAUGAGGGAAAUAAUUAUUUGACCCCUCUGCAAAACAUGACCUAGUACUUGGUGGCAAAACCCUUGUUGGCAAUCACAGAGGUCAGACGUUUCUUGUAGUUGGCCACCAGGUUUGCACACAUCUCAGGAGGGAUUUUGUCCCACUCCUCUUUGCAGAUCUUCUCCAAGUCAUUAAGGUUUCGAGCCUGACAUUUGGCAACUCAAACCUUCAGCUCCCUCCACAGAUUUUCUAUGGGAUUAAGGUCUGGAGACUGGCUAGGCCACUCCAGGACCUUAAUGUGCUUCUUCUUGAGCCACUCCUUUAUUGCCUUGGCCGUGUGUUUGGGUCAUUGUCAUGCUGGAAUACCCAUCCACGACCCAUUUUCAAUGCCCUGGCUGAGGGAAGAGGUUCUCACCCAGAUUGACGGUACAUGCCCGUCCAUCGUCCUUGAUGCGGUGAAGUUGUCUUGUCCCCUUAGCAGAAAAACACCCCCAAAGCGUAUGUUUCCACCUCCAUGUUUGACGGUGGGGAUGUGUUCUUGGGUCAUAGGCAGCAUUCCUCCUCCUCCAAACACGGCGAGUUGAGUUGAUGCCAAAGAGCUUGAUUUUGGUCUCAUCUGACCACAACACUUUCUCCAGUCUCCUCUGUAUCAUUCAGAUGUUAAUUCGCAAACUUCAGACGGCCUGUAUAUGUGCUUCUUGAGCAGGGGACCUUGAGGACGCUGCAGGAUUCAGUCCUUCACGCGUAGUGUGAUACCAUUGUUUCUGGUGACUAUGUCCCAGUCCUUGAGUAUGAAGUCCUCCUUGUUCUGGGCUGAUUCCUCAUGUUUUUAACAAAAUGUUUUGUAAGGCAUUGUAAUUGUACCAACCAAACCCUGUAUAGCCUCUAAACUUGUUUAAAAAUGUACAUUUUUCAUGGAUGGUGAAGUCCUUGCAUCCCAAUCGCCGGUCUAUGACAUUUCAGGUGGUUGUAAUUUCUCCGGUUGGGUGGACCACUUGUUAUUGUACUUCCAAUACAUCUAAUGAUUUAAAAUAUGACUUAUCCUAAUGUCAUUCCAUGAGCACUACCGGUAUGUAAUACAAAACCAGGAGGAAUUUGCAUUGUGAAAAUGUCAUGGAACAAAAUGCAUUAGCUCACUGUUUUGUGUGUUACGCUUUUGUUAGCGAUUCCUACUCUUGCAUUUAACAGAAAGAUUGUGGUUUUUAUUAAAAACAAUCUAUAAGUGAGUCAAUCUUUGUAAUUUCGUAACUACCUUUUGUUCAAACUGUGAAUGGACACUCACCACUUCCAUUCAAACCCACUUCUCUCUUAGAAACAGAGACGAUAAUCCAAACUCGCCUGAAGCCCCAGCACGAGAUAGAGGUAGCGUUGGCCAAGGUGCAGACACCCGUAGCAACUCAACAGAAGACUGCAGAGCCCGUCCAGGAACAGCCCCAAAAACCGCAACAACAACAAGAGGAAGAAGACGAUAAGGAGAAGACCCUAGCCAAACAGAGUGCUCAGGGCGUGUCUCCGGCGGUUAUCACCACCCUGCUGCUCAUCCCCUUAGUGGUGGUCAUCUCCAUAGGGGUCUUGAUUCGCUACAGGAAGACCAGGCUGUAUGGAGGUACGGUAUUUGACGCAACAUGGCUGCAGCCAUGGAAAUAGAAUCCAUAGAAAGGGCUUGGAACCGCUAAGCCUUGCAAUUUGACUGGUAAACUCGUUAUGCCGUCAUUGACUUGAAUGGGGAGGCCCAUUCUAUGGAUUCUGUUUCUAUACCAGCAGCGUUGAUAGUAGGGAGAGACACUGGGCGCUGCUGCCUAGAGCAUAGUGGGAUAAAACAGAAUUUCUAAACCUUUUUUAUGAUGGACAUUUUUAUAGAUUUUUUUUUUACACACAAAAAUGAACAGUAACAAACAGAACAGACACAACAAACAUAGAGAAUUUCAAAUCCUGUGAAAUGCUCUAAUUGAGUGCCUCAACCAACCUCCAUCUUGUAUUGAAGAUAUUCAGCGUGUCUUUCAUCAUUGUUUCAGAUGGAUGCGAGGUAAAACUGGAACAGACCUCGUCCGGAGGAAUCUUGGGAAAACUCAGAGGUAUGUGUCUGUGAGAUACUCUUAUUGAUGUAUCCUGUGGUGAGAUUAAAAACUCAAGGUCAUCCACCAUGCAGUAGUAGUCUUCCACCAUGAGACUUCCACCAUGCAGUAGUAGUCUUCCACCAUGAGACUUCCACCAUGCAGUAGUAGUCUUCCACCAUGCAGUAGUAAUCUUCCACCAUGAGACUUCCACCAUGCAGUAGUAGUCUUCCACCAUGCAGUAGUAGUCUUCCACCAUGCAGUAGUAGUCUUCCACCAUGCAGUAGUAGUCUCUUCCACCAUGCAGUAGUAGUCUUCCACCAUGCAGUAGUAGUCUUCCACCAUGAGACUUCCACCAUGCAGUAGUAGUCUUCCACCAUGAGACUUCCACCAUGCAGUAGUAGUCUUCCACCAUGAGACUUCCACCAUGCAGUAGUAGUCUUCCACCAUGCAGUAGUAGUCUUCCACCAUGCAGUAGUAGUCUUCCACCAUGCAGUAGUAGUCUUCCACCAUGCAGUAGUAAUCUUCCACCAUGCAGUAGUAGUCUUCCACCAUGCAGUAGUAAUCUUCCACCAUGCAGUAGUAGUCUUCCACCAUGCAGUAGUAGUCUUCCACCAUGAGACUUCCACCAUGCAGUAGUAGUCUUCCACCAUGCAGUAGUAGUCUUCCACCAUGCAGUAGUAAUCUUCCACCAUGCAGUAGUAGUCUUCCACCAUGCAGUAGUAGUCUUCCACCAUGCAGUAGUAGUCUUCCACCAUGAGACUUCCACCAUGCAGUAGUAGUCUUCCACCAUGCAGUAGUAGUCUUCCACCAUGCAGUAGUAGUCUUCCACCAUGCAGUAGUAGUCUUCCACCAUGAGACUUCCACCAUGCAGUAGUAGUCUUCCACCAUGAGACUUCCACCAUGCAGUAGUAGUCUUCCACCAUGCAGUAGUAGUCUUCCACCAUGCAGUAGUAGUCUUCCACCAUGCAGUAGUAGUCUUCCACCAUGCAGUAGUAGUCUUCCACCAUGAGACUUCCACCAUGCAGUAGUAGCUUCCACCAUGCAGUAGUAGUCUUCCACCAUGCAGUAGUAGUCUUCCACCAUGCAGUAGUAGUCUUCCACCAUGAGUCUUCCACCAUGCAGUAGUAGUCUUCCACCAUGCAGUAGUAGUCUUCCACCAUGCAGUAGUAGUCUUCCACCAUGAGUCUUCCACCAUGCAGUAGUAGUCUUCCACCAUGAGACUUCCACCAUGCAGUAGUAGUCUUCCACCAUGCAGUAGUAAUCUUCCACCAUGCAGUAGUACAGUGAGGGAAAAAAGUAUUUGAUCCCCUGCUGAUUUUGUACGUUUGCCCACUGACAAAGAAAUGAUCAGUCUAUAAUUUUAAAGGUAGGUUUAUUUGAACAAUGAGAGACAGAAUAACAACAACAAAAAUCCAGAAAAACGCAUGUCAAAAAUCUUAUAAAUUGAUUUGCAUUUUAAGGAGGGAAAUAAGUAUUUGACCCCUCUCAAUCAGAAAGAUUUCUGGCUCCCAGGUGUCUUUUAUACAGAUAACGAGCUGAGAUUAGGAGCACACUCUUAAAGGGAGUGCUCCUAAUCUCAGCUUGUUACCUGUAUAAAAAGACACCUGUCCACAGAAGCAAUCAAUCAAUCAGAUUCCAAUGUGUUAUAAAUUGAUUUGCAUUUUAAUGAGGGAAAUAAUUAUUUGACCCCUCUGCAAAACAUGACCUAGUACUUGGUGGCAAAACCCUUGUUGGCAAUCACAGAGGUCAGACGUUUCUUGUAGUUGGCCACCAGGUUUGCACACAUCUCAGGAGGGAUUUUGUCCCACUCCUCUUUGCAGAUCUUCUCCAAGUCAUUAAGGUUUCGAGCCUGACAUUUGGCAACUCAAACCUUCAGCUCCCUCCACAGAUUUUCUAUGGGAUUAAGGUCUGGAGACUGGCUAGGCCACUCCAGGACCUUAAUGUGCUUCUUCUUGAGCCACUCCUUUAUUGCCUUGGCCGUGUGUUUUGGGUCAUUGUCAUGCUGGAAUACCCAUCCACGACCCAUUUUCAAUGCCCUGGCUGAGGGAAGAAGGUUCUCACCCAAGAUUUGACGGUACAUGGCCCCGUCCAUCGUCCCUUUGAUGCGGUGAAGUUGUCUUGUCCCCUUAGCAGAAAAACACCCCCAAAGCGUAAUGUUUCCACCUCCAUGUUUGACGGUGGGGAUGGUGUUCUUGGGGUCAUAGGCAGCAUUCCUCCUCCUCCAAACACGGCGAGUUGAGUUGAUGCCAAAGAGCUUGAUUUUGGUCUCAUCUGACCACAACACUUUCUUCCAGUUCUCCUCUGUAUCAUUCAGAUGUUAAUUCGCAAACUUCAGACGGCCCUGUAUAUGUGCUUUCUUGAGCAGGGGGACCUUGAGGACGCUGCAGGAUUUCAGUCCUUCACGGCGUAGUGUGAUACCAAUUGUUUUCUUGGUGACUAUGGUCCCAGCUUCCUUGAGAUUAUUGACAAGAUCCUCCCGUGUAGUUCUGGGCUGAUUCCUCACCGUUCUCAUGAUCAUUGCAACUCCACGAGGUGUGAUCUUGCAUGGAGCCCCAGGCCGAGGGAGAUUGACAGUUCUUUUGUGUUUCUUCCAUUUGCGAAUAAUCGCACCAACUGUUGUCACCUUCUCACCAAGCUGCUUGGCGAUGGUCUUGUAGCCCAUUCCAGCCUUGUGUAGGUCUACAGUCUUGUCCCUGACAUCCUUGGAGAGCUCUUUGGUCUUGGCCAUGGUGGAGAGUUUGGAAUCUGAUUGAUUGAUUGCUUCUGUGGACAGGUGUCUUUUUAUACAGGUAACAAGCUGAGAUUAGGAGCACUCCCUUUAAGAGUGUGCUCCUAAUCUCAGCUCGUUACCUGUAUAAAAGACACCUGGGAGCCAGAAAUCUUUCUGAUUGAGAGGGGGUCAAAUACUUAUUUCCCUCCUUAAAAUGCAAAUCAAUUUAUAACAUUUUUGACAUGAAUUUUCCGGAUUUUUGUUGUUGUUAUUCUGUCUCUCACUGUUCAAAUAAACCUACCUUUAAAAUGAUAGACUGAUCAUGUCUUUGUCAGUGGGCAAACGUACAAAAUCAGCAGGGGAUCAAAUACUUUUCCCCCUCACUGUAGAGGAGGUUCUCCCACAAUAACGUGAUUUGUACUGAAGUAAGUAUUGGAUUCACACACACCACCACUCUAAUCCCAUUCCACUACCUUUUCAGGCUUUUUUAAAAUUAUUAUACUUACAAGACCCUCAUGCUUGAUUGAGAGAGCUGUUUUGUCUUGUGGUAAUAUGGUACCUGCCUGUAUUUCCUUAAACCUGUUAAUUUCGCAAUUCAUAUCAUUGAGAAAUAAAUAUAUUUUUUUAAAAUCUUUUUUUGUUAGUAGGUGCCCAACAUAACACCAGGUGGUGGUGAGUUGAACACAGUCACUCAUAUAUAGAGGUUUAUAGAGCCCGUCUGCAUUCUUGAUUUCUGUAACUGUUAGCUUACGUGUGUAAUAUUGACAUAAGCUCUGAAACACUUGUUUUGCAAACAUGGUCCUAUUUUAUCAAUUGCUGUGCUGAUCAAAUGGGCAGUUUAUUACCUCUGUCAAAUGAAUAUGUAGCUUAAAGUGUAUGUGUGUGUUUGUAUUUAUUUUUGCAAUAAAGAUGGUGAUGCUACAACAAUACACAUUUACAAUAGGCCUAUAUCUAAAAAUACUGAUCAGAAUUGGAUCAAAGUGUCUUCCGGAUGUGAUGUUUUGCGCACUGUUCUCCCAAUCUCUGCAGAGGGCAUCAGAGUAUAAUUAUUGUAUUGCAUUGACAGGCACGAGCCUGUGAAUGUUGACCUGUUUAAAGGUCUUACUCACCUCGUCUACAGAGAGCGUGAUCAAAAAGUCGUCCAGAACAGCUGAUGCUCUCAUGCAUGUUUCAGUGUUACUUGCCUCGAAGCGAGCAUAGAAGUAAUUUAGCUCGUCUGGUAGGCUUGUGUCACUGGGCAGCUCGAGGCUGUGCUUCCCUUUGUAGUCUGUAAUAGUUUGCAAGCCCUGCCACAUCCGACGAGCGUCAGAGCCGGUGUAGUACGAUUCGAUCUUAGUCUUGUACUGACACUUUGCCUGUUUGAUGGUUCAUCAGAGGGCAUAGCGGGAUUUCUUAUAAGCUUCCGGGUUAGAGUCCCGCUCCUUGAAAGCGGCAGCUCUACCCUUUAGCUCAGUGUGGAUGUUGCCUGUAAUCCAUGGCUUCUGGUUGGGGUAUGUAUGUACAGACGCUGUAGGGACGACGUCAUCGAUGCACUUAUUGAUGAAGCCAGUGACUGAUGUGGUGUACUCCUCAAUGCCAUCGGAAGAAUCCCGGAACAUAUUCCAGUCUGUGCUAGCAAAACAGUCCUGUAGCUUAGCAUCUGCUUCAUCUGACCGCUUUUUUACUGACCGAGUCACUGGUGCUUCCUGCUUUAGUUUUUGCUUGUAAGCAGGAAUCAGGAGGAUAGAAUUAUAGUCCGAUUUUCCAAAUGGAGGGCGAGGGAGAGCUUUGUACGCAUGUCUGUGUGUGGAGUAAAGCUGGUCUAGAGUUUUUUUUCCCCCUCUGGUUGCACAUUUAACAAGCUGGUAGAAAGGAGGUAAAACGGAAUUAAGUUUCCCUGCAUUAAAGUCCCUGGACGCCUCUGGAUGCGUGUUUUACUGUUUGCUUAUGGCCGUAUACAGUUAAUUGAGUGCGGUCUUAGUGCCAGCAUCGGUUUGUGAUGGUAAUUAGACAGCUACGAAGAAUAUAGAUGAAAACUCUCUUGGUAGAUAGUGUGGUCUACUGCUUAUCAUGAGAUACUCUACCUCAGGCGAGCAAAACCUAGAGACUUCCAUAGAUAUCGUGCACCAGCUGUUGUUUACAAAUAUACAUAGACCGCCACCCCUUGUCUUACCAGAGGCUGUUAUAUCCUGCUGAUACAGUGUAUAACCCGCCAGCUGUAUGUUAUUCAUGUCUUCGUUCAGCCGCAACUCGGUGAAACAUAAGAUAUGAACGUUUUUAUUGUCUCGUUGGUAGGAUAUACGUGCUUGUAGUUCGUCCACUUUAUUAUCAAGCGAUUGUAAGUUGGCCAAUAGUAUCGAUGGCAAAGGCAGAUUAGCCACUGGUCGCCGGCUCCUUACCAGGCACCCCGAUCUCCUUCCACGAUAUCUCCAUUUCUUUCUACUGCGAAUGAUGGGGAUGAGGGCCCUGUCGGGUGUCUGGAGCAAAUCACUCUUGUCCGACUCAUUAAAUAAAGAUUAUUCAUCCAGUUCAAGGUGAGUAAUCGCUGUUCUGAUGUCCAGAAGCUAUUUUCGGUCAUAAGAGACGGUAGCAGCAACAUUAUUUACAAAAUAAGUUACAAACAAUAAGAAAAAACACUCAAAAUAGCACUGUUGGUUAAGAGUCCAUAAAACGGCAGCAAUCCCCUCCGGCGCCAUUACAGGGGAUCUGUUGUUGUCACGUUCUGUUGUUGUCACGUUCUCUUGCAUAAUUCAACAAGUCUGUCAAUAGCAGGAUACCCUCUGUUGAAAAAUAAAAACGCCUGGCUCUAGAUAACACCUAUCUAAACAUACUUUACAUGUUUGCGAGAUCAGACAUAAUAUCAUAUAAUAUAAUCUGAGUGUUCUUUUUCGGAAGUUGCUUUCAUUUCAGUGCAUCUAAUUUGUAAAAAAUUCCAACUGUAGUAAAUGAUUACUUUUUUCAAUUCCACAAAAAAUGAAUAUCCAUCUUCUCUUUCUUGUGAUGUAAUUGUUGAGACGGUGCGUUAAAUCCCUAAUGAAGCUUUAGCGUUCUUAUAGAUUCAAGGGUAAGACAAUGUAUUCCAUUGAGCCCAUUUCAGCCAUUACCGGGGUGUGUUUGACAGGUCAUUACAAACAUUUCCACAGUCGUAACGUUAACGGGGGAAAAACGACAGGCUCAAGCAAGUGUAUGAAACAGUCGCAGGAGUAAAUUAAAGAAAUCAAUCCAGUGAGAUUCAAGUGACAAGUGGAUUUUACACCCCUCAAACACAGUAAAUAGAUGUCUGAAAAAAAAACAGCUCCUCAGGUGGGUGGGGCAUGCGCGUUGCUAAGUAAUUUGUCGGAGGAAAUGCUGUCCGACGGACGACCGAUGUCAGCUUGCAGGCAUUUGGCCCGCCACAAGGAGUCGCUGGAGCGCGAUGAGGAAAGCCCCGCCAGCAGUGCAGUGCUUUUACACCACCGCGCCACUCAGGAGGCCAUUGAACAUGUUUUUAGUCCAGGAGUAUGUUCAAUGUGGGUCUGUGCAGUGCAACCUCCACUUAGUUGCCAUAAAGCUCUCUGAAAUGAGUCAUGCCAUCUCUUGGUCUUUUCUUUGAUGCUUCAAGCUCACAGCAUGGCUGGUCGGAGGACUUUGUCACGUGCUGUAGAAAUGAUUGACACCAUCUGUUGGCCAAUGAGCAGAGUUGGGAUCAAAUCCAUCAGGUCGGAUCAAGAAGUGAGAUCAAUUUGGAUUGCUCGACAUUUGGGGUGCUGGACAUUUGGGGCGCUGGACAUUUGGGGCGUUGGACAUUUGGGGCGCUGGACAUUUGGGGCGCUGGACAUUUGGGGCGCUCGACAUUUGGGGCGCUGCUCUGCUGUUACAUGUGUGUGCCAGGGUGGCGAUAAAUUCCCUCUUGCAGAGCCCAUCACCACCCUUAACCUUGGUCUUACCCCUAACCAGUGGACACACCAACAGUCCUUUCAGAAACUCCCUGCCCUAUUGUGAAUUGGAAGUACACAUGCCCAGCCGAAUGAAAAACUGCUGUGCACAGAGAGAGUCAAGGUUAAGCUCUCUUUGGCUAAGUGCAAAUGGGCAGCCGUCCAAUAUAAAAAAUGCAGUGCAUACGACACGAUCCCGACCAGGGAAUCUCCAGAGGGCAUGACGAGACGGUACAGAUAUGACCAAUAAAUGUAAUUUACAAUACUCUAUGACCUGUUACUCUCCGAUUGACGUCAAUGGACUCACAUAAUGGUUGUGUCCCAAAUCGCACCCUAUUCCCUAUAUAGUACACUACUUUUGACCAGAGCCCUAUGAGCUUUGAAUAGGGUGCCAUUUGUGACACAGCCAAUGAUAAGCAGAUGGUUCACUGACUACAAUGCAACGCAAGGGGAGCAAUGAUGAUGUAGCAUUCAGAGAGGUGUCUAGACUCUAAAGGGGUUUGAUAGAAGUCACCGUGGGGGUCCACUGCUCCCAGGCAGAUGGUGUCAUGAAUAGGGCUGUUGAGGUGUUGAUACCGGUCUUAUUGUGACCAGGGAAGAUAUGUUGUUAGAUCAGACAAACUGGUGGUAUUAUGCAACAUAUCUCUGUUAGUCCUUUACUGUGACUAUGAUGAAUGAAAUACAAACUCCCCUAUUAAGCAGCGAUAACCCUGAUUCUGUUUCAACUUUGGUUUUUGAAUGCUAAUGAGCCUUUGUGAUGAUAUCUGAUUGGAAUUAGUCAAGCAAAACAGUACCCUGUGCCGUGCCACAAAGAGAAUAGAUAACACAUGGGAGACAUUUAUGAUAUCUCUAACAGGCAGCUGCACAGACUUAGAUCAAGCAUAUUCCUGGACUAAAAAGCACUUUCAGUGGACGAUUUUCCAUUGAACAUGCUUUUUUAAAGGGGCAAUUUGCAGUUCAAACAAUAACAAUGGUUACUGGAGGAAACAAAUGGGUCUAGAGAAAACGUAACCACUCUCAAAUUCAUAGACAGAGCAAUGGAUGCAAGGACUGACCAUCCUUUUUAUCAACAUUUAUUUUUAACCAUGUUGUGAGGCUAUACUGUGUUGGUUUCAAAUUACAUUGUUUACAAACAAUGGAGUUAAACAAGCUUUCCCCUUUAAGUCCUGUUUUAAGUCCAGUAGGUUCAACAUGGGUUUGUCUUAGGUCAGAAAAGCGCUUUCAAUUUCUCCAAAGUACCGUUUUUUUUGUCCUGGAGUAGGUUCAAUCUGGGUAUGUGCAGUGCAGUGACCUCUAAAUCACGAUAAAGCUCUUUGAAAUGGGAAAAGACUCACUGAAAUGGGAAAAGACUCUGAAAUGGGACGUCUUUGUAAUCUUUUCCCCUCUUUGAUGUUUUCCUUCUCCCACAGGUAAAGCUGCGGGCGGUCUGAACCUGGGCAACUUCUUUGCCACUCACAAGGGCUACACCCGGCAAGGCUUUGACCGUCUCAGCACCGAGGGCAGCGACCAGGAGAAAGACGACGAGAACGACACUGACUCGGAGAACGAGGAGUACUCUGCCCCGCCUCCCCCCGUCGGCCCCGCCUCCUCCUCU